UACGUUCUUCCUUUUAUUUUACCAAGAAAACGAAUGAGCGAAAACUUGAAUACGAGAAUCGUAGGGUUGGCAUCGCAAUAGACGGAGAUUUGUCCAGUGAUAACGCGAUGGGAAGUCCGAUUUGUUCCAUCUGCUACGAAGAUCUGAAACCGGUCGUCGAGCACCUGCAAUCGAUCUCUGCUUGCGGUCACGUCUUUCACGAGCUAUGUUUGCAGCAAUGGUUUGAGUACUGUUCGAGUUCAAAUAAGAGAACCUGUCCGGUCUGCAAGCAGAAAUGCCUCGUGAAGGAUGCUUGUCGGCUUUUCUUCCAGUCAGCUGGGAAUCAAUGCGAUUCGAUAGCGUCACAGAAGGUUGCUGAUCUCGAAGGAGACCCGACGGUGUUGCGAGGAGAAGUGCAGCGGCUCCAAGGGAAGAUAUCGGGGCUCUCUUCUGCUAUGGAGGGCCAGAAGAAAGAGAUAGUCGAAGUGUCCAACGAGCUGCGGCUCUGUAAGGAGCAGUUGAAGGAGGAAAAGGAGAAAAGAUGGGAGGCUUUGCAAGAAAAAUCAACUACCCAGCACUUGCUUAAAUCAAAAUCCGAGGAAUGUGAUCGGCUUGCUUCCCAGUGCGCUAUGUUACAAGAGAAGACUAUGGCCCUGGCCAAAGAGCUUGCAGCUCUUAAAUUGGUGUCUGACUUAAGCUUGGGGGAAGAUGACGUCCUGAAGCUAGCUUUGUUGGGAAAUGAGGCUAAGGCGAAAGACACAAUAGACACUCUCGUAAAGUCCUUGGUAGUACGGAAUAGGAGUUAUAAGGAAUUGUUAGCCAAGUGCAAUCAGCUAGGCAGAGGUGAAGCCCGUUCUUCUGAGAAACUUGAAAAGGCUAUGGAGAAGAUAGAUAAACUAAAGAAACGGGUGAGGGAGCUUGAGGUGUCAAUUGAAGAGAAAGAAAAUGGAGUUUUAAGAGCUUUAAAAGUUUCAAAGACACAGAAUGAAAAGAACGUUACCAAGCCAGCAAACAAGACAUCGGCUUCUUCUCACACUCUGCUGUCAGAUAAUUUAGCUGAACAACCUGUUGGCAAGUUGGAGAGGAGUGGUUUCACUGAUGAACAAUUGUCCACAAGGGGAAGGGAAGUCUUCUUUAGUGGCAGACUGAACACCAUUAUUGGGGUAGAUGACGACAUUCCCGAAAUUGUGGUGGCAGAUUUUAGACAUUCUUAUGCUGGUGUGAACCAUCAGAAGAUUGAGGAUGAUGUUCAAGAAAAAUGCAGUACCAUAGAUGAUCCUGUGAACAAGAAUGUCAAGUUCAACAUAAAAAAGGAUCCUCCAUCAUCAGGCUUACAGUGCAAAGGUGACAUUUGCUUUUCGAGUGGAUUGCUUGGCCAUGACGGAAACAAACGGUAUCUUGGAAAAUGGUGCAAACGCACACAGAGCCAAGGAUCAACACCUUCACUUGGGUCUAUCCCAGGGAAUGGCGAACUGAUUACUGUCGGGCCAGAUGGAAGAGGUGGAAGAAUCAAAGUUCUGAGAUCUCACGCUCACAUUUCUGAACCCAAUGCCACGUCAGGAUGCGCCAAGAGGUUAAAGCAUGCGACCAGGACAAGCGGUUCACAGUCUCAGGGCUGUCUUCAGAUCGAACACUUCUUCGGAAAAUCCGACCACUAACUCACAGUCUUUAUUAGUGUUGCAUCAAAGUUUUGCUGCUUUACAGGUUCAGGAUCUCACUUCUCUCCACAUGAAGACCUCAUCGGCGGUGGCCUUGCCGUUGUCGCAAUCGGCAUGGCUCGAGGUUCGCU